CCUGUCGCAGCCUUCCAAUAAUCCUAGAGUUGCAAGCGACCGGUCACCUUCUAUCCAUUGCUGCACUGCUAUUAUAGACCCUGACCAUUCACCAACCUCUGCUCUCCUCCUUGUCCUCCUCUCAUUUCAUAAGAUGGCGCCUCCACCUUCAAACGAGACGAAGGUCAACGAAGCCCAAAAGCUGGCUAAAACCGAACCAGCGAAGGCAGAGAGUAUCUACAAGGACGUGCUUUCUCAGUCUCCAGGCUCUGAUCAGGCUGCCUUACAAAUCUAUGAAAAUGCCCUAGUCGGCCUUGGAGAGCUGUACAGAGACAACAAACGCUCGGAGGAUCUGUCGGAGCUCGUCAAGACGAGCAGGUCAACCCUGUCGUCGUUCGCCAAAGCGAAGACAGCGAAGCUUGUCCGGCAACUCCUCGAUUUCUUCUCCGACAUUCCCAACACACUCGAGAUCCAGAUUGUCACCACGAAAUCGUGCAUCGAUUGGGCCAAUUCCGAAAAGCGAUCCUUCCUUCGUCAGAACCUCGAAACGAGACUGGUUGGACUGUACAUGCAGAAGCAAUCAUACUAUGAUGCCCUCACGCUGAUUAACGGUCUGCUGCGAGAGCUAAAGCGGCUGGACGACAAGCUGGUGCUUGUUGAGGUGCAACUGCUCGAAUCUCGGGUCUAUCAUGCUCUCACCAACCAGGCCAAAGCCCGAGCCGCCUUGACUUCAGCAAGGACGUCUGCCGCUUCCGUCUAUACCCCUCCUCUGCUGCAGGCCGGCUUGGACAUGCAGAGUGGUAUGCUGCACGCCGAAGACAAAGACUUCAAUACCGCAUAUUCCUACUUCAUCGAGGCUCUGGAGGGUUAUCACGCUCAAGACGACACUGCCCGCGCCACAUCGGCAUUGCAGUAUAUGCUAUUGUGCAAAAUCAUGUUAAACCUUGUGGAUGAUGUCAAUAACCUGCUGUCGUCAAAGCAAGCACAAAAAUAUGCCAGCACAAGUCUGGAGGCCAUGAAGGCUGUGGCAAGAGCACAUUCGAAUCGGUCGCUCGAAGAGUACGAACAGGCCUUAUCCAACUAUCGAUACGAGCUGGGGAGUGACGUCUUCAUCCGCAAUCACUUGCGACGCCUAUAUGACGCCAUGCUGGAACAGAAUCUGAUCAAAGUCAUUGAACCUUUCAGCCGAGUUGAGAUUGACCAUGUCGCCAAAAUGGUAGGACUCGACACCCAGCAAGUGGAGCGAAAACUAUCUCAGAUGAUCCUCGACAAAGUCAUCGUGGGGGUGCUAGACCAAGGAGAAGGUUGCUUGAUCGUCUACGAUGAAGUUGAGCGCGAUACUGGUUAUGACGCGGCCUUGGAGACGAUCGAAAAGCUCAGCAAUGUGGUUGAUGUCCUCUACACCAACCAAGCUGCCUUAUUAGAAUAGCAGAAGCUCGCUGUUCUGUGAUGGUGGUGAUCCUCAAUUGCGCCUGCAACCACGUGUGUCAGGCCACUUGCUCGGUCAGCAUCUGUCCACUGUCGGCUUGGACACGGAGCAUAUUAUGAACUUGGUCCAAAGCCACCCAACCCUUGGUCGCAUCGGCUGGAGCUGAGCACGGCCAAGACGUCUUAGCUCACGAAGCAAAGAAUUUGAGCGAGGCAUGGCAGUGCCAUAAUUUAGUUCACUUCGAUAUAUGCACAAGGAAUGUGCUGCUCAGGCCGCCAAGCAGCUCGUCGGACCGAAUCGAGCCGUGGAGUCCGAAUGAAGAGCUUUCGGAGCAAAUCAAAGGAUGUGCAAUGACCUCUGGUUGGUGGUCGGCCCCGUACACAACCUGGACAGGCGAGAUGAGCCUUUGGCGGUUAGGUAGAGAAUGCCGAAAGUCUAGAUUCCGUAGCAACAAAGGCACCCGCCGUGAGCGAUUAAGGCGGCUUUGUCAUUUGACUUUUGACUGGCGGUGC